AUGCCUUCGCUAGCCAGCCACGCGACCUCCCAAAACUCGGACCUCGAGACAGAAGAGACUUCGAAAAUUAAUCUGUGUCAACCAUGUCCAGAAGAAACCCGCAAACGCAAAGCCUUCGUCUCCCAGUUCCUGAAGGCCAACUUUGCCCCCCUCGCCAAGUCAAACCGAUCAUACAUCGACACAGGUGCGCUCGAGCAUAUGGCCAUGAAGUGCCUACACGCUGACUUCAACACCGGAAGACUCAGCAAUGGCGUUGCGAAAUUUAUCGAUCCGAUUCCCCCGAGCAAGAUUGGUGAAUGGCUGGCUGUUACGAAGCCGUGGCUAGGGCGAGACGGCUUCUUCCAUGACCAAGAGGAUGACGGCGACGAUGAGGACAAUCCACUGGAAAACCUGGGCCCCGCCAGCCCCCAAUGGGAAGCUGCCAGUUUAUACCGAUUGAUGAAUUUCUAUCUCGUCCACGAUGGGCAAUGGAACCCAGGUAUCCUGCAGACUCAAACACUGUGGAGGAAAUACCCUAUUCCACGUGGCAGGACGCUUUGCCAGCUUUCUCAUACACGAAGCCCUCGAAAUUGGCGCGUCUGGUCCAUCUUUCGUCGGUUCCAAUACUACGAGGACAUAAUCUCUGAAAUGGGCGAAUCCCCUCUAGACCCAGAAAAGCCACAUGUCAUGGCUUUUCUAGCAGACGGCGCGCUUAUCAGAGAAGAUGUGCUUUCGACCGGCGAGUUGACUUGCAUUACGUAUUUAGUUGCAGAUGGCGCUCUGAAAUAUAAGCACCAUCGCUUUAUACCGGCGACGCUGAUAUCCGCGUCACUUCGGACUGUCCGAAUCGUGCAGGGUGUUCUUGAUUGCCAGAAAGGGACCCUCGAAAUACCCAAGUCGCAACCUGUUACUUUUUCCGAUAGCAGGAUAGCCAAUUGGGUUAAAUGGUUGACUUUACUGGGAUGGAUGAUUGGGAACCCUGCCGACGGUCUUAAGUCGAGCGACAACCCGCUCAUUCUGCACCUUGGAUCCGGAGACAGCGUCAUUCCGGUCGAACUUGCGUCUCAGGGCUACAAACGACAGCUCUGCAUCGACUUCUCUCCCACCGUCGUCGACCUCAUGACCGAACGCCACGCCGAGGUAAAAGGAUUAGAAUGGAAGCUUAUGAACGUACGUGACAUGGCCGGCGUUGCUGACAAAUCUGUCGACUUUGCCUUCGACAAGGGGACAUUGGAUGCCAUGAUACACGGUAGCCCUUGGAACCCUCCAGAAACAGUCAAGGAGAAUUCUAGCGGAUACCCGACCGAAGCAUGCUUUGCAAUGAAUGCCACGGAGUCUUUUUUUCCUGACCAAUCCCCAAGAUUCAUCGAGUACUGA